AUGAAAGGAACCCUCAAAAUUGGCAAGAAGAAGCUGAAAUUAUCCUCGAAUAAGAACUCCAACAUCAACAAUGGUAGCUCCAAUGACGAACAAGACGGAGAAGACCGACUCAGCUCUCUCCCAGAGACACUCCUCACCGACAUCCUCUCACGACUCCCCCUCCAUUCCGCCGCAGCCACCUCCGUCUUGUCUCACCGUUGGCGCCACCGCUGGACUCAACUCAACCGCCUUCAUUUCAACUGUCUACGAUUCCAGACCAUAAGGUUUUCCAAAUUCACCACCACCGUCGAUCGUAUUUUCCAGCAGCUCACCUCCCCAAAAAUCUACAGCUUCCGUGUUCAUUACCCAUAUGCUACAACUGAGAAGCAGAUUGGUAAAUGGAAUUCCUAUUUCGGUUCGUUGAUUCCUCGAAUUUGCGGUCUAAACCCUAAAGAAAUUCAGGUGAUACUUGAAGUUCCAUCUACUCGUUAUCCUCUUAUUUCUUUACCACUAUGCAUUUUCAAAACCCCUUCUCUAGUUGUUCUUCAAUUGACCGGUCCUUUUUUAUGUGAGGUUCCUAAAAAUUUGAUUUUUAGUUUUCCUAAUUUGAAAACCCUAGAAUUGAAUUUACUCCAUAUGAAUUUUGAUUUAAUGGGUAAAAUUAUCAAGUCCUGCCCAUUGUUGGAAUCUUUGUCUCUGGAAUUGAUUUGGUCAGAGGAUGAUGAAUAUGAUCUGAAAAUAUCGACCCCUAAUUUGAAGUCGUUGGCUAUUUAUAUGAAUGGGUAUUUGGAGGACAUCAAGGUUUUCAUUGAUGCACCAAAGCUGGAAUAUGUUCUGUUACAUGGUCGUUUUGCUUUUUACCACUUUGUUAACAAUCAAGGUACAUUACUAGAAGCCGACCUUGGCUUUUGUUCUUCUAGUUUCGAAGGCAGGAAGGAUUAUCUUAGCCACAUAUCUGUGCUGCUUCGAGAGAUUUCGAGUGUUAGGACUAUUCACUUGAGGGAUAAUAUUGCUGUGUUUAAUCCAUCUAACCAUGUGGAUGCUAAUGUCUUGAACACCUUCUGUAACCUGACUCGGGUUUGCCUGGUUCGUGUUUCAUUAGAUCAGUUGGACUGGAGUGUUCCGAUACCAGCUUGUUUGUUAGCAAAGCUUAAGUGGAUGGUAUUAGAUGAAUUUGUUGGGGAUGAGGAUGAUCUGAAGUUGAUUAAGUACUUUUUAAAUGAGACCAAGGUUUUAGAGGAGCUAUGUGUUUAUAGUACUUUCUAUGAUCCAACUGAAGAGGAAGAAAGUGAGAAAGAUCAAAUAUGGAGGGAGACUAAUUUUUGUAAGGAUCUGUUCAUGCUUUUGAGGCCAUCAACUUGUGAGAUAAAGUACUCCGGUGAGUACAUUCACUCAUCAAGUAAGACUGUAAAGAAUGGAUCAAUGUUAUGUCGAAUUGAUCAGAUUGAGAAGGAGGAACCAAUCUUUGACUUUUGGAUUGGUGACUGA